GUGGGCUACAUGUCAGUCGACAGGACAGGCUGGACCAAAAAUCAACUGACGGGCAUUUCAUAACUUCGGCAGACGAAGGCAGUCCAGAGAAAUGUCUUUUAUUUUGGACUGGAUCUACAAGAGCCUCAGCAGUGUCUUGCAACUAUUCGGGUUGUACAAGAAGCGUGGCAAGCUUGUGUUCCUUGGACUAGACAAUGCUGGAAAAACGACCCUCCUGCACAUGCUCAGAGACGACCGGCUGGGACAGCACGUGCCGACGCUCCAUCCAACGUCUGAGGAGCUGACCAUAGCUGGGAUGACUUUUACGACGUUUGACCUCGGAGGUCAUACGCAAGCACGAAGGAUCUGGAAGAAUUACCUCCCGGCCAUCAACGGGAUCGUCUACAUGGUGGAUUGUGCAGACCAUGAGCGACUCAUAGAGGCUAAAGUUGAACUGGAUGUAACUUCAUCACAUUGGUUUCCCCUGAAUACGACACUCGGCACGGGUCUCUUUGGCGUUCAUUUGAACCCUUUCUGCCUGCAGGCCCUGUUGACUGAUGACACCAUCUCAAACGUCCCGGUUCUGAUCCUGGGGAAUAAGAUAGACCGUCAGGAGGCCAUCAGUGAGGACGGGCUCAGAGGAGUGUUUGGCCUUCACGGACACACGACUGGAAAGGGCAAAGUGUCCCUGAAGGAGCAGAAUUUGAGGCCAAUGGAGGUUUACAUGUGUAGUGUGCUGAAGAGACAAGGCUACGGAGACGGUUUCCGCUGGCUAUCCCAGUACAUCGACUGACUCAUGGUCUUGGAAGCACCUCAUUUACCACGCUGCCUGCACACAGAAAGACAUGUUCCACAACAACCCGCCAUCGAGAUACUUUAACUGUACCAUCAUUAGGACUUGUCUUACGAGUGUUUAGUGUUGAUAUACCUUGUAUUCUUCAUGAGUUCAAAGAACGAUCAUAUCAAUCAUACCACAGCGAGUCAAAGAUGAAGUUGUGGAUCAUCAGUCUGUAUCGAGUGUGGAGAAUCAUUUUCAUGGUGUGUUUUGUACCUUUACUUCAAGCCUGUUGAGAAUUUCCAUAUAGAACAUGUCAUCGCUGUGAACCAGUUUCUGACCCGGGUGUAUUUUUAGCUGCUGGUGUAGACUUACAGUGAAGGUCAAUUUGGUUAACAUUUUGUGUUUGAGGUUACUCUUCCUUGAUUGAGAGUGAAUAUUAUAAUUAUAUAUUUACCCUACUUCUUUCAAACUAAUGGGAAUCUUGAAGAACUAUAAGCGUUUUCAUCCAAGAACACACUAAGUGCUGCAGAGAUUUUUGUUCAUAAGGAAAAGUGUUAAUACAGUAGACUGCUACCUCCAAGGAUACCGACAGGUCGACUUGUUUCAUGGUUUUUUCAUACUCAUUUAAGAGUUUAACUGCAGGCCAAUAUAUGAAUGUGACCACAAGUGCAUUAACUGACAUUUUGCUGUGAUGAGCUUUAUUCAAUAGCACAGGACAGCGUCUAAUAAUUGCAGUACAUGUUAACUGCAUAAGCACACUUAGGUGAUGUCACAAAGGUGGAUGCCAAACUACUGGUUUUCGGGAUAGUUUAUCGCUGUAAAACAACUCGAGUACUUUGUGAUUAGUGGCUGCUCAAAACAUGCAGUGAUAUUAUGAGAGUACUUGGGUGGUGCUGAAAGAAAAGGCACACACGAUAUGCAUGACAUGACCUUUUAGUGCAAUAUUAGACACUAUUUUGUAUAUAAGCUCUUAUUUAUAUUUUGAAAUAAAUACAAAUUGGCCUACCUUGUUACAUCAAGCUGUGAGCGCUGAAGUUACAAAAGGUAGGUCAUGUUAAAGUGUGAAGUUUGAGCCCAACAAAUAUUUUUGACAAUCAAAUAAAUCUUUGUUUGGCAAUUUG